CGUGAUUAAGUCAUGUGACCGUUGACAGCCAAAUACACUCCAACACGAAAACCAAGUUUGUCCGGGCUAUCCCGACGUACGUCGACAACUCAUUUGUUCUUGCCAUGUACGCAUCACUCGUUCGUCGUCAGUUGGGGGGCAUUGUACCUCCCAAGAUUGCCACUCCAUCACUUUUGACGUCGGGCUCUGGUUCAAGCCUCACACCUCUGGUCAACUUCUACUCAAAACUGCCCAAGGGUUCAGCAUCCACGGUUUCUGGUGGUGGAAUUAAAGCUAGAUACUUCAGCGGCAAGAAUGCGUCCGCUGCCCCAGUCGUUUGGACGAUCUUGGGUCUCUUCACUUUCGGAUACGCCAUCGACUACCAGAUGCACUUGAAACAUCACAAGAACCACGCGCACUAGCCGCCUUUAUGAAGUAAGGGGAUAUUGCCACAGAACUUGCUGUAUGCACAAGAAAUAGACUAUCAUUUUUUUCAAUGUGCAUAGACAAAACAGUACAUCCUGUGUGGACU